CCGCCUAAGAAAUCGAGAUCUUAAAGCCGGCGAGCCCGCGGCCGCCCGCAGUCUCAUCGCCCGAGGAUCCGCACGGGAUCCACCGGCCUGCCCGCCCCCCCCAGCAGCCGCCAUCUCUGAAAAUGUUGAGUCUGAGAAGGAAGGCGGUCCUCGGGCUGAAUAUGUGCUGCGGGAGCGCCGGGCUGGGAGCCGGCGGCGGCGGCGGCGGCGUCUCCCCCUCGGGCGAGCGGCUCCUGGCCGCCGAGAAGGAGGCCCCGGGCCGGCGGGAGGCAGGGGGAGGGGAGGCCGGCGCGGCCAUGGGCGGAAGUCCCGGCGCGAGCCCCGCGGCCGCCCGGAGGGUCUCGCGGCCCGCGCCCAUUGGCGCCGAGCGGUCGGACGUCAGCGCGACCCCCACGAGGCUGCUGUGCUGGGCGCACACCCGCCGCGCGACGCCGCUCGACGAGAUGGAAGCCGGCGCCGCCAUCAUGUCGCCCGAGGAGGAACUGGACGGCUACGAGCCCGAGCCUCUGGGCAAGCGGCCGCCCGUCCUGCCCCGGCUGGAGCUGGUGGGGGAGGCCGGUAAGGCCCCUAGCACGGACGGCUCCCUGCCCUCGACGCCGCCUCCCGCGGACGAGGAGGAAGAGGGGGAGGACGAGUUGUACCGGCAGUCGCUGGACAUUAUCGCUCGCUACCUCCGGGAGCAGGCCACCGGCGCCAAGGACGCCAAGCCCCUGGGCCGGGCGGGCACGACCAGCCGGAAGGCGCUGGAGACCCUGCGGCGGGUGGGGGACGGCGUGCAACGCAACCACGAGACGGCCUUCCAAGGCAUGUUGCGGAAACUGGACAUCAAAAACGAAAACGAUGUCAAAUCUCUGUCGCGAGUGAUGGUUCACGUGUUCAGCGACGGUGUGACCAACUGGGGCCGGAUUGUGACUCUCAUUUCUUUCGGGGCUUUUGUAGCCAAACACUUAAAGAGCAUAAAUCAAGAAAGUUGCAUCGAACCCUUAGCGGAAAGUAUCACCGAUGUGUUGGUCAGGACGAAACGGGACUGGCUGGUUAAACAAAGAGGCUGGGAUGGGUUUGUGGAGUUCUUUCACGUAGAGGACCUAGAAGGCGGCAUCAGAAAUGUGCUGCUGGCCUUUGCAGGUGUGGCUGGAGUGGGAGCGGGUUUGGCAUAUCUGAUAAGAUAGCCUUCCAAGUGCAGUAGUUGACCCUUAACCAGCUCCGGCCACCAAAAAGGACACACUUCCGUGAAUAAACACAUGGGAAAGUUGUGUCCCUGAAGACUCACUCACUGACCGAAGGCACGUUUCGGCAGCCAGCAAACGGGGGAGCCGGGAGGAGAACUUGUAGAUGGAGUCAGCGGGGCAGAGUGGAAGGACCUGAGCUUCCCUGUUGAGGACCCGUUAGUGACCGCUUGCCAGUCUCGUCAGGAUUCAUUAAAUCUGCCCAGUGAAUAUGUUAAUUUCCUGUAGUGUUGAAAAGAAAGCACUAACAAUGCCUGUGACCUGUGCAGAAUGAAUUUCGGUUACACGCAGUAGAAGUAUAACACGACACCUCAGUACUGUCGCAGUGUGUGAGGGGCUGCCCCCCCCCCCCCCCCCCCCCCGUGUGCUUAAAGAACAGAGUCCCAGUUAAGAAUUCCAUGCCUGUUCCAUUUGGCUUUGUUUGAAUGAUUCUAAAUUUGUUACUCUAGUAAUGGCAAGAAUACUUGACUGUGAAAGUUUAGAAAUUAGUUACAAAUAUAGGAAAUUUUUAAAACUUGUACAUGUAUUUGUAAAAAUGUAUAUAUUUUUAUCAAAAAUUAUCUUUGUAAUAUAAAGGGGAAUAUCUAGUUGGCAUUAGUUUUUUCUCAUACCCUCUUAAAAUUUGCUACUUCUAGUUAGCAAACUUUCUUACAGCUUUUCUAUUCUAAAUUUUGUCCCAAUUCUAGAGUGUAUUACAGAACCAGUUGUAAUUGUAUCAAACCUGGUUCAGUGGAACAAAUCUGAUUCAUAACUAUGCAGCUUUUUAAUUUUUCCUAUCUGAUUUAGGUAUGUAUUCCUUAGGUAGGUUUUUCUUUGAAAACCUGGGAUUGAGAGUUUGGGAAAUGGAAAGAAGUCCUUUCACUUUGUUAAAUGUAGCUUUUCAGUAAUUGGAUCAAAGUGUUUUUUUUUUUAAGGUUUGGGAAUGGGGUGAGGCUUAGGGCUUACAAAUUAUGGGCUCUGAUUGGGCAGCUACUCAUUUGAGUUCCUUGCAUUUGACCUAAUUUAACUGGUGAAAUUUAAACUGAGUUCAUGAGCUCAUCUUUAAGGCUAAAAUGUUUUCAGCUGUUCCGCACAGAACUUAUUAGUGUGUGUAUAAAAAGACCACAUCAGAUGGAGGGAGGAGACACAUUUGAUCCCUUGUUUGCUUAAUAAAUUGUAAAAUGAUGGUUUGGAAAAGCCAGCUAAUCUAGCCAUGGUGCUAUUAUCAGGCUUGGUUGUUAAAUAGAGACCAAACCUGGUAUGUCAAUAAAACAAAUAUUUGUUCCUGUUGGUUCCCAAGCUUUGUUUCAGGUUUGUGCAUUUGCAUCUUUCUGGAUUUCAGACUCAAUGUUGUCUCACGUUUACCUUUUCCUGCCCUUCCUUGUAGUAUUUACCGUUCAUUUCUAUUACGAACCCCUAACAGGUAACUAGGUAAUAUCCCUCCCCCAACCCCAGCAAGCCCAGGAGUCAGCAGCUGGGCAUAUGUAAUGAAUUUGCUAUCACAUUUGGAAGUGUGAUGUUGGGGUGCUGUAGCAGCAAAGGCAAGGGGUGGGAGACCGUGGGACAGUGUCUUUUCAGUUACUGCUGUUUAUCCUGUCUUGGGGAAAUUUCAAAAAUCUCCUUGGGAGUUUUCAGAAGGAACAUCUUUGUGGCUUUCUCUGGUUUCCUUUGCAUUUCAAUGUGCUCACUUGAGUUUGUAGCAAGAGGUGGGCUCUGUCCAAACCCAGAGGCAGAAAGGCUGCUGGAGAGUGAAGAAAGCUUCAGCCUUUGACCCUGACCUUUAGUCUGGACUCCAGAUAAAAACAGGUGUGAAUAGAAUGACUAAGAAUGUAGUGGGGAAAGGUCCCUGCCUGCUGCCCAGGAGUCACAAGGUCACCUCUAGAGCUGUUUUUACCUGUGUUAUUUAUCCUUCUUGAUCCUAAACCACUUAUUUAUAUCAUGUCUCCCUAAACACCUAAAAGCACUUUAUGUAGUUUUUAAUGAAUCUUGAGGAGAAGUGGUUAAGAAGGUAACUUAAGGCCUGUCCCCCACUAACCAAUUAUGGAAGUAAGUGCAGAAGUGUCAGCUGGUGUGGAGGAGCCCCACUUGUUGAUGGCUCACUAGCUAGGACUGCCAGAGUGCAGAGGAGGCCCUCCUUGGCAUUCAGGUCCUCAAGAGCCCCAGUGGGGAAGGGAGGUCUGGUGUCUGACCUGGGGUCUCCGGUGCAAAUCCCCCCACAGGGGAAAGGAGGGGACUGCUUGGAAGGAUGUCUCUCCAUGAAAUCUAUUUGUCUUUAUGCUUCUCUCAGGGAAAACCACACAGUCCUAUAGGGUGGUCCCCUCUGGCGUUGUGCAUGUGCGUUGUAUGGGGUGUGACCACCUUAGUUCUGGUUACACAGCUGGUGCUUUGGACAGCCAGGAAGCAUUAGGACCAACUGCAGAUUAAUGUUGUAAAAUAAAAUUUCCUGUUCUGAUAAAUAAAUUUUUAUUCAAAUGUAAGGUGUGGUGUGGGUCCUUUCUAAUCAGCACUGUCCUCCCUCCCCCCAGGCAAGCCCUUGCCAGCUGAGAAAAUAGGUGCAGGUGGAUCAGCAAGCCAGGUCCACAAAGCUGCUCCAUCUUAGCACAAGGGCAGUUUUUCGUCCAGGUUAGGGGUGUUGAUUUUUAAUGUGUUACUACUGUAGUUAAGAAUAGUCACUGUACACUUGAAUACAGCAGUCAAAGUGCCUGUCUUGAUUUUCCUGUGACUAACCAAGUGUUGGGAAAGCUGUCAGGCCAGGCGGCUUGCUAUCUUUUAAGUUUCUAGUUUCUUAACCUUUUGAAAUGGAGCAUGGAAAAUUACACCUCAACUUAAGCUGGACUUCUUGGGACAAGGUGCUUACUGAUGAGUCCACCUCUGGAACCUGAAACUGCCUUUAUUUUCAGUGACCUAAAGGGAAGCUGAAUCACCAUGGAAAUGUGCAAAUCUAAGGUUUGCAUACUUGUUUUCAGCUCUGAGCACCAUUUGCUCAUCAUGCAAACAGGAUUCUAUAG